AUGGCCAAUCAGAUUCUGGUAGAAUUCGAUGGGAAAUGUUGGCAGAAGAGGAAAUGGCUGACGACCCGCGAUGACAUCAUCGUCUUGCUAUUGGAGGACCGAAUCGUUUGGGUACUAGAUGGCUAUCUUGGUGUAAACAACCACAACCACAACAACAACAACAACAACAACAACAACAACAAUAAUAACACCUAUAUCAAUAAAAAAAAUAAUAAGUUUGAUAACGGAUGUGAUGACAAUGACAAUAGUGAUUCACUGCUACACCCUCUGACGGAAAUGAAUGAUGGCGACGAUAAUAAUAAUAAUAAUAAUAAUAAUAAUAAUAAUAAUAAUAAUAAUAAUAAUAAUAAACAUCAUUAUCAUCAUCAUCAUUCUUCAAGGAUUCUGACCUACACACCUGCCUUCACAAUGAAGCCAGUACUAGCCCCAAGUAACAUCCAACUCGGGCAGGCAGUUGAACUAAUGGAUGACUCUUGCUUCUGUGAUGAUAGGUGCUGCGUGUUUCCAUGUGUUGUUAUUCCAUUCAAGCAAUCUAAUCCUAUCUACCCUCAGCCAAACAACAACAUCAACAACAGCAACAACAACAUCAACAACAACAUCAACAACAACAUCAACAACAACAAUGAUAACGACGACAACUGUGAGAAGAAUAAUCUCCACAUAAAAAAAUUGAACAACCAACCAAACAUCAUCAUAAAAAGAACUGGCUUAGAGCAGAUUCGAACCCGGCUCCAGCGUCACAAAGCGGCACACCUCCUGACCAAUUCACCCUACUUGGUGGUUGGCUACAGGGUGCAGGUCUACAGGGUGGAGGGCACCACUCGAUGGUUCACAGCCGUCGUCAAGAAAGUCAUGAAUGACUCUGAGACUCUGGUCAUCCUUGACGAUACGGUGCUGGAAGAGCAUCGCGUACAUCCGAGUCACGUUCAAAUGGAUCUGCUCGGAGAUGGAGUGGCGAUUGUAGCAGCGUUAAUGGCGAUGAUAGCAGCAGCGUUGGUGGCUCUGGUGGCCGCGCUGAUGGCGACGACGAUGACGCAAAUUAAUUCUGAAUAA